AUAUCUGAGUACUUCUACUUUUCUCAAGUACAAGAUCUGAGUACUUCUACUUUUACUCAAGUACAAGAUCUGAGUACUUCUACUUUACUCAAGUACAAGAUCUGAGUACUUCUACUUUACUCAAGUACAAGAUCUGAGUACUUCUACUUUUCUCAAGUACAAGAUCUGAGUACUUCUACUUUACUCAAGUACAAGACCUGAGUACUUCUACUUUUACUCAAGUACAAGAUCUGAGUACUUCUACUUUUACUCAAGUACAAGAUCUGAGUACUUCUACUUUUACUCGAGUACCAGAUCUGAGUACUUCAUUAUCGUCCUCUCUGGAUUCCGCGCUUUGUGCGGGUCCCUGAACGCAUCGCGGGCGGAGCUGAGUUCAGUGUCUGAGAAGAUGUCGGAGAGGAGGAAGUGUUCCUGUUUCAUCUCUAAAGCUCUAAACCCGGAUCUCUGAUGGACCAGGUGUAGAGGGUCCGCUCAGGAUGGAGUUUGUGUCUGUGUGGCUGGUGUGUGUGUGUGUGCACAGUGUGUGUGUCGGUGCUCUGGAUCACCUGGUUACCGAUGGCAACGCUGCCCCAGAUCUGUGUGUGAUAGACCCGCCUCUCUGUCGGGACGAAGCGUCUCAUCUGAGCUUCGAUUCGCUCUGCGGCGUUCACCGCCUGAUGGACGAAGACGAGGACGGAUCUGUGGAUGCCGCGGAGACGCACGAGUUCCUCAGGGACGACCUGCAGUCUCUCGACUCGAAGGACAAACACAGGAAGUUCCACCGAGCCGAUCCGCACAUCAGCCUGCUGGACCUGUGGAGCAGCUGGAAGAACUCAGAGGUGUAUAACUGGACUCAACAGCAGGUGUUGGACUGGCUCCUCUUCAGCGUGGAUCUCCCUCAGUACUCAGAUGGCUUCCGGAGACUCCAGCUGGACGGGAAGGCCUUACCCAGGCUGGCGGUGAGGAACCCCCUCCUCUUGGUGUCUCUGAAGAUCUCUGACCGGACUCACGCUCAGAAACUGCAGCUCAAAGCUCUGGACAUCGUGCUGUUCGGACCCCCCCCCGGGUGGCCCCUCUGGAAGGACCUGGUUCUGGUCCUCUCGGUCCUGCUGGCUCUGCUCGGCCUCUCCUUCUCCUUCCUGCAGAACAGGAAGUCCAGAGACGACCUGAGCAGAGUGCUGAGCGACCUGGAGGCUCUGCAGAGCGCCGAGCAGGAGCUCACACACCUGCAGGACAGGCUGCAGCAGGCGCAGGAGCAGCAGCGCAGCGUGGCGCUGGAGAAGCUGCAGGUUCAGCAGCGGCUGCAGGACGAGGUUCUGUCGGCCAAACAGGAAGCUCAGCGCCUCCGAGAGCUGAGGGGGGGGGGCGAGGUCCAGAGGAGCCGGGGGAGGGACGCCGAGCUGGAGCAGGUGCGCUGUGCUCUGAGGAAGGCGGAAAUGGAGCUGGGUUCCCCCCCCCUGGCUCUUCCCCCCUCCCUCGGUCUGUGGCUGCAGCUGACCCACGAGGUGGAGACUCAGAACUACAGCCUGAAGAAGCAGAGCGCCGAGAGGCAGCUGCUGCAGGCGCGGGAGGGGGCAGAGAAGAUCAAGAAGAAGAGGAGCUCUCUGUUCGGGACGUUUCACGUGGCUCACAGCUCCUCGCUGGACGAAGUCGACCACAAGAUCCUCUCGGCCAAGCAGGCGCUGGCGGAGGUGACGGCGGCGCUGCGGGAGAAGCUGCACCGCUGGCAGAGCAUCGAGGCGCUGACCGGCUUCUCUCUGGUCUCCAACCCGGGGCUGGCGGCGCUGGCCGUGGCCCUGAACCUGGACCCCUCCUUCCUUGGCCUGAGACCCCCGACCCCCCAGCACCUCAUCCUGUCCGACGACCUGGACGACAUGGAUGAGGACAUCCUGUCCCCGGGGACACUGCAGUACGCAGCGUGGCAGAUGGACCGCAGAGUGAGCGACCUAUGGCCAAUGAGCGGCGUCGCAGACACACAGUCACCAUGGAAACACUCAGCUCAGAGCCUGAUGCCCCUGCGCCAGAGGACAGGAGACCCCGCGCCGCCCUUCAGCUCUCAGAGGGACAUCAUGAGCCGUUCCGACUCUGACUCCGCCCUCCCCAUCUCCCACAGCGAAUCACGAGGCUCUUACGGCUCCAAGCCCCGCCCCCUUUCCUCCCGGCUGCAGGGUCAUGGCUCCGUGGCCGGGGGGGCGGGGGGCCUGGAGAAGAGCUCCAGCCUGGGGGAGCUAAGAGGACGCCUCACCCCCUCCUCGGUCCUCCCAUUCUCCUGCUCCACCCGGUCCCUCUGCAUCACAUCCGACCCCCCAACAAUGGUCCCGGACGGGGGGGAGGAGGGGGAGGCAUCUGUCAGCCGCAGGAGAAACGCGUUCAACAAGAUCUUCAAGAAGAAGACGGGACGCCACUGAACAGCUGUUCCUCCUGAUGGACUGGGGGGAGGGGGGGGAGUAAAUUUAAAACGACCAAAAAAAAGAGAAACAGCAACUGUUUCAGCCAAUCAGACGACCACAGAACCAAAGAGUGUUUCUGGCCAGGUUUAGAUAUCGACUCAUCGGCCAGCAGGAAACCAACGAAGAAGAACGAAGGCGUUGAGAGCAGAACCUUUGACAGCAGAAGAAGAAGGAGGACGUGUUGGAGGUAGAUUUAGAGAAGAGAUCGAGAAGAGAAAAGGAGUGUUUCUCUUUCAAAGUCUCACUCUGUGACACUGAUUGAUUUUCCAAUGAACCAAUUAGUCUGACCGUGAUUGGGCCUCUGGCGAGUCACGUGACCUGAUGGACUGCAGGCAUGAGAACAACCAGAAUCAGCCCCACCUGUCACUCUCCGUUAAACUAAGACAAGGUCGGGGUCCAGACUCAGGACUCAGGGGACACACCAACGAAGAAGAUGAACCGGAGAGCUGCUGAAAGGGAACGCUGUGUGGAACGCGUUAUUCUCUCUCCGUCACAAAGAAGACACCAUGUGGGGGGAACACCAACGAAGAAGAGCACAAAGGAGACGAUAAAAGGCGGCAAACGUUUUUACGGAGAAACGUUACCAGUAGACGCUCUCUUUGGUGUCAAUGGUCUCAGUGGGACCGUUGACCUCCAUCUAAAAAGCAAUUGGUCCAAUUUCCUGCGUUACAGUCUGCUUCUUGAAUCGUCUGCGGAGUGUGCGGCUCCUACUCACAGCUUCCUCUACACUUGUAGAUUCAUUGAGAGAUGAUUUGACCUCCAGAGAGUGUGUGAGAGUCUCAAUGUCUGUUCCCAACCAACAACAGCUCACUCUGGCUCUGAGAUGGUCAACAGUUGGACUUCUGAAGAGUCAGUGAGCUGAUGGACCACGUUGGGGUCAGUGGACUGAUGUAUUGACUUCCAGCCAAUCAGUCAAUUAAAACGACCCAAAAACAGACGAACAGCAACUUUUUCAGCCAAUCAGACAAUGAGUUUCAUCACAACCACAAAACCAAAGAGUUUUUCUGUUUGUUGAACGAGGAAAAACUGUAGAUACUCAGAAAAACCAACGAAGAAGAAAUAAGGCAGAUUUAUUUUGACCCAACCAGACGGAAACUUUAACACAGCGCCAAAAAUAGCGGCCAAAGUUCGAGAGAAACGCAGGACCCUUUAUCACUCUCCUACCAAAGUGGACUGGCCCACCCCCCCAUGUUGUUUUUAUGUCCUUUCUGUUUCAAUUGUGUUGUUAAAACCUGAAAAUAUAUCCUGUUUUUACAUUAGAAAUAACUUACGAAGAAGAAGAAGAGAGGAAAGGGUCACUGUUUGAUGUUCACCUGUAUAAGAGUUUAUACACACACACACACACACACACACACACAUCUUUUAUCUAAGAAUGUGAAGUUUAGAAAGGCAGAUGUCACAGAUUGUUUAUUUAGAGCUGUCACUGGGAGGACUACAUUACCCAGAAUUCCCGUCACAUGCUACCAGUAAACUGCAAACGUCUCUUGACUCGCACCAGAAAAUCAAAUGCUUUGUUGUGUUUUUAUUUAUGAUAAAAAAACUAUUAAAGACUGAUAAUCUUC